AUGUUUGUUUAGAAAAUGUAUAAAAAAAUUGGAUCUUUCUCUGACUACUCGCAUUUUAAGAAACCCACAAUUAAUGCACAUUGUGGCUAUGCAUUUCCAAAGUAUCUUUUUUUGAUAAUGACUUUCUGUAUCAUCUUUUUUUUGGGCUACAAUUUUUAUCAAUAUUAUUCAGUGCUAAUUUGGAAAGGAACUUUGUUAUUUCAAGCUUGUAAUAAAGACUCACCUGUUGUAUGGGUGUAUGCAGAAAAGACAACCCAUCUUCAACAUGUGAUCAAUAUUUUUGAGCAAACUGGUUAUGUUGCAAUAGCAGGAAUAACACCACCAAAAAAAUGGGAUGUAAUGUGGUCAUAUACUUUUCCUUUUUUAAAUAAUUUUAAUGACUUACUUCAAAAGCUUCAACCACAUCAAAAGUUUAGGUUAAUCACAUGCCAGGUAUUGGUUACUUAACAUUAAAAGUUUACUUAGCUUCAUUAAAGAAACAAUGGAUUCCUGAAGCUUUUGUAUUACCUGAAGAUAAAGACCAAUUUGAGUUGAGGGUUCAAAACUUUCCAAAUAAGUCUUGGGUACAAAAAAGCAAUAAUCAUAGAGGUAUCAAAAUCAUUCAAACAAAAGAUGUGGAUUCCCAAUCAACAAACACCUUUGUUCAAGAAUUUGUAGACCAACCACUUCUUGUUGAUGGAAAAAAGUUCGAUAUUGGUGUUUAUGUUGUAAUAACAUCAGUUGAACCACUACUUGCAUAUGCCUAUAAAUCUGAAAUUCUUGUCAGAUUUUGUAAGCAUGAUUAUUAUCCUUUUAAUCCUGAAGAUACUGAAAGUUAUGUUGUUGGAGAUGACUACAUACCAAUCUCAGAAAUGCCUUCAUUACAAUCAUAUUACAACCAAUUUAAAAUGACAGUGCAUGACUCUCUGUUUACCUAUCUCAGCAGUAUUGGUUAUAAUUCACAAAGAAUUUGGUAUGAAAUCAUAAGAUGUAUAGCUGAGGUAUUGAUAGAAAAACAAGUUACUAUGCAGAAAUCUUUUACAGGGUUUUUACACAAGCAAAACUUUUUCGAACUAGUGAGAAUGGAUUUUAUUAUUGAUCAACUAGCUAAUGUUUGGCUAAUGGAGAUAAAUAUGUCUCCCAACUUAUCAUCAGAACUUCACAAACUUAAUGCUCUUAUGUAUGAACAAGUUAUAUACAAUACCUUAUCACUAGUAGGUGUUGCUUCACAUUUAAAAAGUCAAUUUAGUGAGUUAGAUAUAGCAUCAAGUGACAGAGAUAUCAUGUUUGCAACUGACCAAUGCGCAUCUGAAGAAUGUCACAGUAUGUGUCUCAAUAAGUGUCGUUUAUGUCAUCAUUGUUUAUCUGAAGACAUGCGAAUAUAUCUGAAAAAGGCAUUUCGUGAACACAAUAACAAAGGUAGUUUCACACGUGUCUGGCCAACGGCUUUGAAUGAAAGCAUGGUUCAAAAUGAGUUACAAUUAAGCGAAUCAAAUCAAAUCUUGUUUCAUUGGUUCAAAGAAAAAUGUGCACGAAACAAUUAUUGGUGUUUUUAAUUAAGUUAUACAAUUAAUUCAAAUAAAACUAAAAGUCUCCUUUGGUAUCUAACAAACGUUAACUAAAGGCUCGAAAGUAUCAAAUGUUUUUGUGCCGUCACUUUUUUUUUCCUAUAUUUUUUCGUACCGAAAAAAAUUAGAUUUUUAAAAUUGCAUUUUUGUAAUUUUAUUCUAGUAUUUUUAUUAUAUUAAUUAUAUUUAUUUUGAAAUAU